AUGGUUUAUAUGAUAUACUGUUUGUUGUUUGGUCUUGUAGUAGGUUUAGCGGCUGUUGCCUCUAAUCCCUCGCCUUACUUUGCGGCUCUGGGGCUGGUGUUGGUUGCAGGGAUGGGUUGUGGGGUAUUAGUGGGGCACGGAGGCUCUUUUUUAUCUUUAAUCUUGUUUUUAAUUUAUCUUGGAGGAAUACUGGUCGUAUUUGCAUAUUCGGCUGCAUUGGCAGCUGAGCCUUACCCGGAGGGGUGGGGGAGUUGGCCUGUUUUAGGGUUAGCGGUAGGGUAUUUAGUUGGAGUCGGUGUGGCGGCGGGAAUAGUAAUAGGGGGUUGAUACCAGGAAAGUUGAAUGGUGUGUGAUGAGUUUGGAGAAUUUUCUAUAUUGCGUGGUGAUAUCAGUGGGGUGGCUAUAAUGUACUCGUCAGGAGGAGGUUUGUUAAUUACAGGGGCGUGAGUGCUCUUGUUGACGUUGUUUGUUGUGCUAGAAUUAACACGAGGAAUAGGCCGGGGGGCGCUGCGAGCAGUCUAA